UUACCAGACAGACAGGAGUCAAUUUGAAUUUUUGAUUUAUGAGCCGGCAUAAUUACUCCCACCUCAAAAUCUCCAGAUUUGAAACCGAAAAACCCAGAAUUUCAUAAUUUUUUUUCCUUUUCAAAUUUUAAAAAUAUAAAAAAAACCCAAUUUUUCUUUUGCCAUUUUUCUGCAUUUCAUUUCCACAAUUCAGGAGAGAGAAAGAAAGAGAGUGAGAUAGAAACAGAGCUUAUUGUUAUAGCUUGCUCACUCCCACACAAAAACUCUAAUUCAAUUCUUCAAAGAAUAACCCAAUUUUCAAGUUACAAUCUUUUUAAGUAUUCUUUCAAGUUUCUCUACAUUUUCAACGAUCUACACCUACUUUCACUGUUCCUUUUUGUUUUUGAUGUUAUUUUUGUUUGUGGGUUGAAGAAUUCUUCUGAUUUUUGGACACAAAAGCUGUAAUUUAGCUGAGAAAUCAGGUAAAUUUUGAAUUGUUGCUGUGUUAUCUCCAAGAAUUUGGGUAUUUUUAACUGUCAGUUUGUCAAUUCUGAGAUCUACUUUCAAUCCUGAGAAGUUAUUUACUCAAAAAGGAGUUAUCUUUUUGGUGGGUAUUUAUUCAAAGCCAUAUUUGGGACUCCAAUUUUGUAAGUUCUGCAAUCAUUUUUUUCAUUCAAGUGAUUAUCCAUUUUUGGUAAUUGCAAAGAAUUAUUCUGGGUAUUUGAGAAUUGGGAGUAUAAUUUGUGUCUCAUUGUUUGUGGCUGCAUCUGAUUUGGAACUGAUAUUGGUGGGACAAGUAGUUGUAUUGAAUAUCAAGUGGGUCAAUUUGGGGGGUUAUACUAUAUACAAUUGUAAGUAUUUCUUUAGAUAUGAAUCUUGGCUGAAAAAUGUGGGGUUUGAUUAAAGGAGAUUACUGAAGGAUUGAAGAAGGUACCUAGGACCCCUCCUCCCCUAUUGUGCUGAACAGAUAAGUGAUCAAAGUGGGUCCUUCUGCUAAAGUUUGAUAGUCCCUUUGCUGAAAAAAGGCAACUUCUUUUUUGAGGAAUUAUUGAUCUUUUAGCAUAUGGCUCCUGUUGGGACUCAAUCUUCCUCAGGAUCACGGAAUUCGUCGGGGAAGAAGGCGCCCAAAGGUCGGGUGCCACCCUCUUUUAACUCAAUUAAGUCGUUGCCAGCCGGAAUUAGGUUGAUGGAAUCAUCACCAGCUGCUUCUCAGUCAUCUGAGAGGACAGGGCAUUCAAAUGGGGGUGUUGCUGACUAUGGCAACUUAGAAGGGGUUGAAUAUGUUGCUGGACAAGGGGAUCAGGUUAAUGAUGAUUCACCUUAUGGAGAAAGGGGUGCGCCAGUGUCAGAUGAAGAUUCUGAUGUUGGUUCUUCGCCUUUGCCUUCGGUCCCAUCUAUUGCUGAGUCAAAGUGGAAUGAUACUACUUCUUAUGCAAAAAAGAAGAAUGUUCAUGCUUGGUACCAACACCCUGAUGGGAACUGGGAACUUGGAAAGAUUAUAUCUGCUUCAGCAACAGAAAGUAUUAUCUGUCUACCUGAAGGAAAGGUUUUAAAGGUGCAAAAUGAUUGCUUAUUACCAGCAAAUCCUGAUAUUCUUGAUGGCGUGGAUGAUUUAAUGCAACUAAGUUAUUUGAGUGAACCAACAGUUCUCUACAAUCUUCGAUACAGAUAUGACAGAGAUUUGAUUUAUACUAAAGCAGGUCCUGUGCUUAUUGCUGUCAAUCCUUUCAAAAAAGUUCAACUAUAUGGAAAUGAAUAUAUUGAAGCAUAUCAGCGUAAAUCCAUUCAGAAUCCACAUGUAUAUGCAAUUGCAGAUACUGCCCUUCGAGAAAUGAAAAGAGAUGAAGUGAAUCAGUCAAUUAUCAUUAGCGGUGAGAGUGGAGCAGGAAAAACAGAAACAGCAAAGAUAGCAAUGCAAUAUUUGGCAGCAUUGGGAGGUGGUAGUGGGAUAGAGUAUGAAAUUUUAAAAACUAAUCCCAUCUUGGAAGCUUUUGGCAAUGCAAAGACCUUGAGAAAUGACAACUCCAGUCGAUUUGGGAAGCUGAUUGAGAUCCUCUUCAGUGAAACUGGGAAAAUAUCUGGGGCCAAGAUCCAAACAUUCCUACUUGAAAAGUCCAGGGUGGUGCAAUGUGCAGUAGGUGAACGUUCCUACCAUAUAUUCUAUCAACUUUGUGCCGGAGCUCCUGCUGCUCUUAGAGAGAAAUUGAAUUUGAAGAGCGUUGAGGAUUAUAAAUAUCUGAGACAGAGCAAUUACAGCAUUACUGGUGUGGAUGAUGCUGAACAAUUUCGCAAUGUUAUGGAAGCACUGGAUGUCGUUCAUGUCUCCAAGGAUGACCAAGAGAGUGCAUUUGCGAUGCUCGCUGCCGUCUUGUGGCUAGGAAAUGUCUCUUUCACGAUCAUUGACAAUGAAAACCAUGUAGAGCCUGUGGCAGAUGACGCACUUCUUACUGUUGCGAAAUUGAUCGGUUGCAAAGUUAAGGAGCUCCAGCUUGCUUUGUCUACCAGAAAAAUGAGAGUGAGAAAUGAUGAUAUCGUUCAGAAGCUAAAGCUAUCUCAGGCGAUUGAUACUCGUGAUGCAUUGGCAAAAUCUAUCUAUUCUUGCUUGUUUGAUUGGCUUGUAGAACAAAUCAACAAGUCUCUUGGUGUAGGCAAAAGGCACACUGGAAAAUCCAUCAGCAUUCUUGACAUAUAUGGUUUUGAAUCAUUUGAUAAAAAUAGCUUUGAGCAAUUCUGCAUCAAUUAUGCGAAUGAGAGAUUGCAGCAGCACUUCAAUCGUCAUUUAUUCAAAUUAGAGCAGGAGGAAUACAUCCAGGAUGGAAUUGAUUGGACAAAAGUUGAAUUUGAAGACAACCAAGCUUGUCUCAAUCUUUUUGAAAAGAAACCACUUGGGUUGCUGUCCUUGCUUGAUGAGGAGUCUACUUUUCCAAAUGGCACAGACCUAAGUUUUGCUAAUAAGCUGAAGCAGCAUUUGAAGUCCAACUCAUGUUUCAAAGGAGAGCGUGAGAAAGCUUUUACAGUGGCUCAUUAUGCCGGAGAGGUUAUGUAUGACACAACAGGGUUUUUGGAGAAGAACAGAGACCUGAUGCAUUUAGGCUCUGUUCAGCUUUUGUCUUCUUGUGAGACUUUCCUUCCACAGAAAUUUGCUUCAAGUAUGCUGGUACAGUCGGAAAAACCUGUUGUUGGCCCCUUAUUCAAGUCUGGGGGAGCUGAUUCACAAAAGUUGAGUGUUGCCACAAAAUUUAAGGGUCAACUAUUCCAGCUAAUGCAACGCCUAGAAAACACAACACCCCAUUUCAUCCGAUGCAUUAAGCCAAACAACUUGCAGUCUCCUGGUAUUUAUGAACAAGGACUUGUACUGCAACAACUCAGAUGCUGUGGUGUUCUUGAAGUAGUUAGAAUUUCGAGGUCAGGCUUUCCUACUAGAAUGACGCACCAGAAAUUUGCGAGAAGGUAUGGGUUUCUUCUUCUGGAUAGCGUCGCGACUCAAGAUCCAUUGAGUGUUUCAGUUGCUAUUCUUCAUCAGUUCAAUAUCCUACCUGAUAUGUAUCAAGUUGGUUACACAAAACUGUUCUUCCGAACAGGACAGAUUGGAGUGCUUGAAGACACAAGAAAUCGUACAUUUCAUGGCAUUCUGCGUGUUCAAAGCUGUUUCAGAGGCUAUAUAGCUCGGAGCUUUGUGAAAGAAACUAGAAAAGGAAUUUGCACACUUCAGUCAUUCAUUCGCGGUGAAAAGACCAGAAAGGAAUUUGCUGUCUUGCUGUUGAGACAUAGAGCUGCCAUAACCAUACAGAAACAGAUAAAGGGUCGGAUGAGAAGAAAACAAUUCUUGGAAUCUACUAAUGCAACAAUAGUGAUGCAAUCAGUUAUUCGUGGCUGGCUAGUUAGAAAAUGCUCUGGAAAUAUUGGCUUGCUGCUUAAUUUGGGAGAGAAAGCGGGUAAUGAGUCAGAUGAGGUUCUGGUGAAGGCCUCAUACCUUGCAGAGUUGCAGCGGCGUGUAUUAAAGGCUGAAGCCGCCCUUCGGGAAAAGGAAGAGGAGAAUGAAAUCCUCCAUCAGCGGCUCCGACAGUAUGAAAACCGUUGGUCCGAGUACGAGUUGAAGAUGAAGUCAAUGGAAGAAGUUUGGCAGAAACAAAUGAGGUCUCUGCAAUCGAGUCUUUCUAUAGCAAAGAAAAGCUUAGCAGUGGAUGAUUCUGCUAGAAAUUCUGAUGCAUCAGUUAAUGCAAGUGAAGAGAGAGAAUACAGUGGUGAUACCGGAGGUAAUAUCACCCUAAGAAGUCAUGAAAGCAAUGGGGUAAGACCUAUGAGUGCUAGUUUGAGUGUGAUUAGUCGAAUGGCUGAGGAGUUUGAGCAGAGAAAACAAGUAUUUGGAGAUGACGCCAAGUUCUUGGUGGAAGUGAAGUCGGGUCAGGUGGAUGCUUCUCUGAACCCAGACAGAGAACUGCGAAGGCUAAAACAGAUGUUUGAAACGUGGAAGAAGGAUUAUGGUACGAGAUUGCGUGAAACUAAAGUUAUUUUGAAUAAACUUGAUAACGAAGAAAAGGUGGGUGAAAAGUUAAAAAAGAAAUGGUGGACUAGGAGAAACAGCACAAGGUUAAGCUAGUACUAGUUAUAAUGAACUUGAGGUUUCUCAAAUCUCAAUUGUCACACCAAAAUUACAUAAAGGCCUCUGUAAUUAUGAAAUUGAGCUUGGAUCACAUUUUCAGCACUGAUCUUGCUCAAGAAAAAAAGAAGUUGCAUGGUAGGGUAUAAGGUAUAUGUGUAUCAUUUUCAGCUCUUUUUUUUCCUUUGUUUUUUUGUUUUGAAAAUUUUCUCUUUGUAUGGAAUCUGGAGUACAGUAUAAAGGCAAUGACACUGGUUUGUGUGUUGUUGUCUUGAGCCACACUGGUAUAUUAGUAGGAGUGCAUUGAAAUGUUCAAGCUGAUUAUAUUUUCUAUGAGAAGAAUAUAACUACUGUUUUUCGUGUGUCGAA